AUGAAAUACAGUGAGUCACAUGUACCUAUUCUUUAUGGCCCACAAAUUCCUCGACGUAAUCGUGAAGAUACUCGAGAGCGAUAUAGUCGAGCUCUUCUUACACUUUUCGUACCGUGGCGUACUGCUCCUGAUAUUUGCGAUGUCAAUCAAACAUGGGAAGAUGCUUUCAAAUCUCGAAAAAAUCGUAUUUCUAUUCAUUCAUGGAAGAUCAUAGAAAAUAUUCAACUUUUACAUGAAUGCAAAAAAGAUCGUGAUGAACAUUUACUUCAAGUUAUUGCUGAAGCUCAAACUGAUAAUGAUACAAUCGAUCCUGUUCUUUUGCCUGCAAAUCGAUAUAUUGAUGGCGAAGGUGAUAUGGACGAUAGUGAAAAUUUAUUAGAAUUACUAGGCAAUUUAGAUGAAUAUACAGCUGCAGCAAUUAAUGCUACCAAAAAAUCAACAGAAGAGAAAUAUAUCGAAGAAACAAUUGAAGCAAUCGAAAAUGUUGGCCGAUUCAGUCAUCUAAAUAGUAAAUAUCACUCUCAUCAUCAACCUUCUUCAAAUGAAUUUAUCGAUUAUCCAAAUCAAAAAGCUGUAUCGUUCGUUUCUGCAACACCGAAUCUUAUUCAACUAAACACAAAAUGGCAAGAACAACUAAAGACUGAGAAAGAACGAGUUAGACGAAGUUUAAUUACAGGCAACUAUGACAAAUCAGAUGAUACAUUAGAUUUACAUGCUGCAAAAGAUGCCGUUGUAACAGUGGUGAAUCCAAAUAAUUAUAAAAGUAACAAUUUUGAAAAUUAUGGCUCGAUUCUUCCAGUGGUCUCAGUCACAACAAACUUGCCCACUCCAAAAACUAUCGCUGAUGAAUUUACAUUAAAUAGAGAACAACAAGCUGCUUUCAUGAUCAUUACAAGCCAUCUUGAUGGUGACAGUGAUAAUAACGGUCAACUUAUAAUGUGCAUACCUGGAUGUGUCGGCACAGACGAAUCACAACUUAUUCGUGCUCUUAGUAAAUAUUUUCUUAUUACAAAAAGAAUACAAAUGAUGUGA